AUGGAACCAAUUUCUUCAUUAGAUGCAAGAAUCGACGAAAUUCUAACCCCAGAAGAAUAUCUCCGUCGCGGCACCGCCGUGCUCCUUGCCAACGAACUUGCAGUCACCGCCAUCCCCCAAACCGAAAUCCAGUACCCGCACUGGAACAACCGCUACAUGAACAAAUUACGCGGACACUCGAUCCCCAAGGCCGGAAUCCUUUGCGACGGCGGUCUCGCCGCCAUCUUCUCCGACCCGCAGCUCCAGAUCGACGACACGGACAACCACUGGUACGCCUACAGUUUCUUGUCCCAAGAAGUCGCGCGCCGCAAAAACAAAGCAAAAUACGCGUAUCUGGGGACCGGCAACGUAGCGUCCAUUUUCGCAUCCGCGAAAGCUGGCACUAUCAUCAUGCUCAAUUCGUGCACUGCAGCUGAUAUCCCCACCCCGGGACAGGACACACCUCGUCUCUACAACAGCGAACUCAUGUAUCAAGCCUGGCGCGACACCUGUAGUGCGUAUUCCUCAGCCGAGAAUUCCACUGCACUUGCACUCCAGAAAAGUCUCAAGUUCAUCAUCCGUGCCCCGAUUGCUAAUCAUGGUACGUAUUCCACAAUUGAAGGACUACUCGAUAAGCGAGAUCUCUCUACCGAAGAAUGGGAGGCGGGUCCUCGGGUUACGUAUACGGUUAUCGAUGAGCAUGAGGUGGAUAAUGAGGAUAGGAAUAUGGAUAUGGAUAAGGAUGCGUUUGCGAUGUUGUGUGGCACGGCGAAUGGGAGACCCGUGGUCAGAAUGUGUGCGGAUCAUGCGCAGAGUUUGGGGGGGAAAAGAGUGGUGAGAGUCCAUGUUUGGUAUGAUAUGCCGAAGAAUGAGGCCUUUGCUGCGUUGGUUUUUGAAUUGGCGUAG